GACGGGUCGGCCCGGACGGGGCGGGACGGGGCGGGACGGGGCGGGGCCGCCCCUGUAAGGCUCCAGGCCGCGGCCCCCGGAGCAUUGCCAUUGCCGCCGCCGCCGCCGCCGCUUUGCACAGUCGCCAUGGCGCCCUACACCAUCGUCUACUUCCCUGUUCGAGGGCGCUGCGAGGCCACGCGCAUGCUGCUGGCUGACCAGGGCCAGAGCUGGAAGGAGGAGGUGGUGACCAAGGAGACCUGGCUGGAGGGCACCCUCAAGGCCUCCUGUCUGUACGGGCAGCUCCCCAAGUUCCAGGACGGAGACCUGACCCUGUACCAGUCCAAUGCCAUCCUGCGCCACCUGGGCCGCUCCCUCGGGCUGUAUGGGAAGGACCAGCGCGAGGCAGCCCUGGUGGACGUGGUGAAUGACGGCGUGGAGGACCUCCGCUGCAAAUACGCCACCCUCAUCUACACCAACUACGAGGCGGGCAAGGAGGACUACGUGAAGGAGCUGCCUGGGCGCCUGAAGCCCUUUGAGACCCUGCUCUCCCAGAACCAGGGGGGCCAGGCCUUCAUCGUGGGCAACCAGAUCUCCUUCGCCGACUACAACCUGCUGGACUUGCUGCUGAAUCACCAGGUCCUGGCCCCCAGCUGCCUGGACUCCCUCCCCCUGCUCUCGGCCUAUGUGUCUCGCCUCAGCGCCCGGCCCAAGCUCAAGGCCUUCCUGGCCUCCCCGGAGCACGUGAACCGCCCCAUCAAUGGCAAUGGGAAACAGUGAGGGCCUGUGGCACCCUCAGCAGGAGGCAGGGGCUGCCUGCCUGCCUGCCUCCCCUUCCCUGGACCAAUAAAAUUUCCAAGAG